AAGAAGAUGGCGGCGCACAGUAGAAUUUUUCUCCCUUUUCGAUUUGCUAUUUUUACAAGUCAAAAUAUUAGACUUCGGCCGAGACUUAUUCUUCUAAAAGCAGAGCAUUAUAGCAGAAUAUCCCAUCAGGAAGGAGUUGGAGCCUCCUCACCACAUGCAGAAGAAUGGACACCUCCUCUGUACCAAGAACAUGUUCCGACAUCGUUGUUCCAGAAAGCUCUGUUGACUGUUGGGUCUGCGGCUGUUGCUAUAACCGACCCCUACAGACAUGAUAUGAUUGCAGUGUUAGGAGAAACUACAGGCUACUACGCCCUCAUGAGAAUACGGGACCAGAUGAAAGCAGAUCCAGUUGGUCAGCUGAUUUUAAGUGAGAGGCCAAGAAUCAACACAAGGACAGUAGAUCUGGAAGAGCUGAGAAAUCUUCCUGAAGGCACCUUUGGUAGGGAAUAUGUCAACUGGCUGGACAGAAAUGAUGUGACCCCGGACUCCCGUGCACCAGUCAAGUUUAUAGACGAUGAGGAGCUUGCUUACGUGAUUCAGCGCUACAGAGAGAUCCAUGAUCUCUUCCACACACUACUGGGCAUGCCCACCAACAUGUUAGGGGAGUGCACUGUCAAGAUGUUUGAGGCUGUGCAGACUGGACUGCCCAUGUGUGCAAUGGGAGCUGUGUUCGGUCCUUUAAGACUGUCAUCCAGACAAAGGUGGAAGCUGAGGAACUACUACAUCCCCUGGGCAGUGAGGGCCGGCUACAGUGCCAAGUGUCUGAUGAACGUCUACUAUGAAAAGAGAUUUCACGAACCACUAGAAGAACUGAAAGCUGACUUGAAAAUCCCUCCCCCUCCACAGGUACCCAAAAGUACCAGCAGUAACUACAGUAGACUGUAUAAAAGAUGACAUGACGGUUGAAAAUGUUUUCAAAUCUUAAGAAUGAAAUUAUCCUAUUGUGGCAUUAAGACCUUACUACAACACCAGAACAGCUGUCACUUAUAUUCUAUCCAGACUACUAGUAGUUAGAACCAUUCCAUGACUUUGCCUCCCCAAGUCUUCCUGGCGUACAUGAUGCAGUACAUUUGUAUGUAUGUCAAAAGCUGUAUUAUAAGCAGUGUAGUGACUUCCUGUGACAUUUAUAAAUUUUAUAUAACCACUGGACUAUGCAUGCUACAUGGUCAGAACAGUACACCUGGAUGUGUAUGCUGUAUGUACACAUUUUAUCCAUUUGUUUGUAAAAAAAAAGUUGUUUGAGAUCAUAUUUGAAUGAAGUGUAUAAAUAGAGUAUGUGUUAUCCGUUAUGUUUGUGUAUACACAGUGUACAUCCUAGUAUGACAACUCAAGCAUAAGAUUCUCAUUUU